UCACUCUGAUCAGAUCAGACAAUGGCAAAGACGAGAGCCUUACUAGUGGUGUUUUGCGCAGUGGCUUUGUGCGCCGGGCCUCGUUGGGGUUCGGCCGAGAACGCCGCCGAUGAAGCCCGUGAGAGGGUGAAGAAUCAGCUGGCGGAGGAGGCUACGGGAAACUCAUUGGGCUCUUCUCAGAAAUUACCCUGCUAUGUUGGCACAGAAAAAUCUGAAAAUAAGGUGAUAAACAAUGCUUGGGAAGAACCAUCUAUGGCAACGGAUGCAGUGAAAUCUGCUUCACCUGACAAGAGCAAGAAUGGUGAGGCAGCUGGUUGGACUUAUGAUGACGCCAAGCAGACGAUGCUUGAAGCGUUGGAGUUUGGUAUAGAAAGAGCGAGUGAUGCGUAUGAACGAACUAAGAAGUUUAUUAUUGACUUGGUUACCAAUAAUGAGGUUUUGGACAAAGCCUAUGAUGUGGAAGAAGAUGAUGAUGAUGAUCAAACUCAUAAGAAAGGAAAAGAGAAAGCAAGAGUUAAUUAUAACGAAGCUAAAGAAAAUGAGAAAGCUUCUUAUAGGUUGGCCAAAGAGAAAAUGACCGAAGAGGAAAAAGCUAGGAAUGAGGCUGCCAAGGAAAAUGUUUCACAAGCUGCUGGUGAUCUUGGGGAAGUUCUAAGGCUAAGGGAGAAGAGAGAAGAGCUGUAAAUUCUUCAUGAUCCAUGACAUAAUAAUUUUCUUUAUUUUUCUUGGAAGGUCAUACAAUCAAGGUUUCCAUUGGAGGAGGAUCAAGUGACACUCUUGACACAUCACAGGAGGUGGUGGCUAGAAGGGAGAUGGAGAACAUUCAUAAGGUGUAAAGGUGGAUCUCAAACCACUUAUGGGUAAGCAUGGUUAUUUAAAUUUUAUAAUAUACUAUUUUACAUAAUAGUAUAGUGAGAUAUAUAUAUAUAUAUUUAUAUAUAUAUAUUCACAUGUUUUGGGAAUAUAGUGUAAUUUUGUGAAGUGAGUUCUAUAAAAUAAUUUAUAUGUUACUAUGUGAUUAAUUAACAUAUUGAGUAAUGUGGUAGCA